AUGGUGUGUUUUGCAGUACCGAAGGAGUUGAAUAUGAUGAAGCCGACUGUAGAAAAGGUGUUGAAGGAUGUCCAGUUACUUUCAAAGAGGAUGCGAACUCGAGAGGCUUUUGCUGAUGAGUUGCUGAAUUCUGUAGGUACACUGCAGACAAAUCUGGAAUCAAUGAGGGCCUUUCAAGAAGAAUCCCUUGAAUUCGAUGAUAUCGUGAAACGGGCUGAAAAGCAUCCCAGAAGACAGCUCAUCACAUGUUUGGCGGCUGAAAACAAGCAAUUGGAGCAACUCAAAAUGCAAAAUAAAGCCUUGGAAACCUCUCUAGAAGAACACGAGCUAACUCUCGAGAUGAUUAUGUCGAAAUAUCGUGAACAGAUUUCAAAUCUGAUGGGAGCAACUGAGACAGAAAAGCGAGUGAUUGAACGCAAUGGUGGUUUAUCAAAUCAAAUCAGAACGUCAGAAGGUAAAAAGGGUAUAGAUAAGGUGGAUUGCUCUUCUGCAAACGAUGAACGUCUUGCUGUUAUGGCGGCAAUUGCUAAAGAAGUCGCCGAACAAUCAGAAGCCUAUUCCACAGAGUUGGAGACUGAGUUGCAUCGCCUAAACGCUGAGAAUCAAGCGCUGAGAGAACUUCUUGCCAUUCAAAACAACACUACCUUUUCUAGUACUUCAGCUUCCGGUAAUGCACCUACAUCAAUAUCUUCAACCGCUACUAAUAUCGGUCCAAAGGCGUCAAACGGAAACAAUUCACCGAAAUCUGGUACUGCAGAGCCUGGCGAAUGGUCGGCAGUACCAACAGCGUUCAAAUAA